UCAAACAAUCCUUGGUUGUAAUUGCAUUACGAUAGUGCAAUACGUCAAGACGAAAAAAAAAACCUAAUAAAAAUAGAAUAAAACCAAUAGGGUCAUUUCAGGAAUUUCACAAAAGAAACCAAAAUUUGUACGGAACAUCCAAGGAGGAACAAAACUUAUAAAUAAAAUAAAAAUAAAAUACCGUUAAAUCCGUUGAAGGCAAAGCGUGGCGUAUCAGAAGGCCCGAUUCUUCGAUGUUUUUUGUUUUGGCAUUCAAAAUCCCGAAAAGAAAAUUCUCCCCCGAAAAUUUCAUUCUUUUUGCAUAAUUAUUUUGAAUAAAAAAAAAAUCUCCAUUUUAUCGAUUUUGUUAUUCUCCAUGUAUCUUCCUUUUUUCCGAUUCCCUCUCUGAAUUUGCCAAUUUUUUCCUCUAUAAGUUGUUGUCCACAAAACCCACCCCUCUCUUUCGCUUUCUCCCACCAAUUCAACGAUACCCAUCUCCUCUUUGUUCACUAUUUCUUUUAUUUGGGAUAUCCCCUUCCGAUUUCGGUGAAGGUUUUUGGGUUCUUCAUCCUGUUCUUGUUGUUUUUCUACGAUUCUUGGCGAUUCUGCAUGUGGGUCGGUUUUCUCUGGGCUUCUUUGUCGCCCAAACUUGCAGAAACUGAUCGAAGAUAGUAAAAUUUAACGGUUCUAAGCUGCUAGAUUUGUGGGGUGGUUCGAACACUGGCUGCUUAUCGAGUUUUUAAUCUUCCAAUACCAUAAUAUUUUAUUUGUCGUUUGAGUUCAUUGGUUAUUGUUUUUUUUAUAUAUAUAAAAGAAACAAAAGAUGUGUUGAGAGGUUUCUGGUUGUUUGUUUGUUUGUGUUUUUAGAUUAGAAUCAUGGUUGUUUCGUUGAACUGGUAACGUAUUGCUUGUCGUCUUCUUGUCAUCUUCGUUAAGUUUUUUGAACCAAUUUCUAGGUCUAGUUUUUAUUGUCUUCCAUGUGUUUGUAAAAAUGUCCCUGUGUUUUUUUUGAAUUCCUUUGUUUUCUUUUUUCCUCUUUACUUUCAAUCUAUCUGUCAAAGCUUUAUUGGAACAUGGAUUUAACAAAUGGGGGCAGGGCCGGCAAAGCUCCGAUAGCGAAUAAUUCCGUUACCGAAGUAGCUGAUAUUGUUUCUGGUAAGUCUAGCAAUCCCCAAGAGAAUGAUUUGGGAUCAAAGUUGGGGAUAGGAAGCAAAAGCAACAAGGAUAUGGUAUUUCGUGCUGAUAAGAUUGAUUUCAAGAGCUGGGAUAUUCAGCUGGAUAGACACUUGAGCAGGGCAUGGUCAAGGGACAGGGAAGUGCCUGCCAAAAAGGAAGAAUGGGAGAUUAACUUGUCUAAACUUGAUAUCAGAUAUGUUAAAGCUCAUGGCACUUAUGGUACUAUUUACAGAGGAAACUAUGAUGGCAAAGAUGCUGCAGUGAAAGUGCUUGAUUGGGGGGAGGAUGGUGUUUCCUCCGUUGCUGAAAUUGCUGCUCUUAGAGCAUCUUUUCGCCAGGAAGUUGCUGUAUGGCAUAGGCUUGACCAUCCCAAUGUUGCCAAGUUUUAUGGAGCUUCAAUGGGGACCUCCAACCUUAAAAUCCCUCCCAAAAGCCCAUCAUUUGACAGUAACCAAUCUUUUCCUUCAAGGGCUUGCUGCGUUGUUGUUGAGUAUCUUCCAGGAGGAACCCUAAAGGGCUUUUUAAUCAAAAACAGGAAAAAGAAACUUGCAUUUAAGGUUGUGAUUCAACUUGCUUUGGAUCUUUCUAGAGGUUUGAGUUAUCUACACUCCAAAAAGAUUGUACACCGUGAUAUUAAAACGGAGAACGUGCUGUUCGAUGCUCAGAAGACUCUCAAAAUUGUUGAUUUUGGCGUUGCUCGAGUCGAAGCGCAGAAUCCACGGGAUAUGACUGGAGAAACUGGCACGCUCGGUUACAUGGCUCCCGAGGUCCUUGAUGGUAAGCCUUAUAAUCGAAAAUGUGAUGUUUACAGUUUUGGUAUAUGUUUGUGGGAAACAUAUUGCUGCGAUAUGCCUUACCCAGAUCUCAGUUUUGCUGAAAUUUCAUCUGCAGUUGUACGCCAGAAUUUACGACCCGAAAUCCCUAGAUGCUGUCCGAGUUCAUUCGCAAGCAUCAUGAAAAGAUGUUGGGAUGCAAAUCCAGAAAGGCGACCCGACAUGGACGAGGUCGUAAACUUGUUGGAAGCCAUCGAUACGAGCAAGGGAGGUGGCAUGAUUUCUAAAGAUCAAGCUACUCGUUGUUUUUGUUUCGGCAUACCUCGUGGUCCAUAGAUAAUGAACUAUUAUAUAGAAGUAUGCAGUAGUGCAAAUUAGCCAAAGGUGUGCGUUCGUGAGCCGACCUCAAAGUUUCAAUCAAUUCUUGACCACCUACUCAAAACUAAGAGCGGAUGCCGCCGCUUCUACGAACUUCUUUUUUUUGCCACAAGUACUCUUGUUUUGCUGUUCAUAUUUGGGAUUUGGAACUAUUUUGAUGGUUUAGAUUUUGAAUUUAAAAUUUUAAAAUAAAUAUUUGUAGUAAAAAAAAAAAAAA